GGUUCAUGGCCAAAGGAUGAGCUUUGGAGGUCGCAUUAUCAAAUUGGGAGCAGAUUUUUGCGAAGUUCGAGGUAUCCUCUCUACUGUACGAAGCAACGCCUUUCGUUUUGCUGCUCUGUAAUGGCGUUACCGGUCGUAGAUACAGAGUACCUUAAGGAGAUCGAUAAGGCUCGCCGUCACCUCCGCUCUCUCAUUGCCAACCGGAACUGUGCACCGAUCAUGCUUCGUCUGGCUUGGCACGACGCUGGCACGUACGAUGUGAGUACGAAAACUGGAGGGCCUAAUGGAUCGAUUAGGAACGCGGAGGAGUAUUCUCACGGGUCUAACAAUGGACUGAAAAAAGCCAUUGAUUUUUGUGAGGAAGUAAAGUAUAAACACCCGAAGAUUACUUAUGCAGACCUGUACCAGCUAGCUGGUGUUGUUGCUGUUGAGGUCACUGGAGGACCCACUAUUGACUUUGUUCCUGGUAGAAAGGAUUCGAACAUUUGUCCCAGGGAAGGCCGACUUCCUGAUGCUAAAAAAGGUGCACCGCAUCUGCGUGACAUCUUUUAUAGGAUGGGUCUGUCUGACAAAGAUAUUGUUGCAUUGUCUGGGGGUCACACUUUGGGAAGAGCACAUCCGGAGAGAUCUGGUUUCGAUGGACCUUGGACAGAGGAUCCUCUGAAGUUUGAUAACUCAUACUUUGUGGAACUGUUGAAAGGUGAAUCAGAGGGACUAUUAAAACUUCCCACGGACAAGGCUUUACUUGAAGAUCCUGAAUUCCGCCAAUAUGUGGAAUUGUAUGCAAAAGAUGAAGAUGUAUUCUUCCAAGAUUAUGCUGAAUCACACAAGAAACUUUCAGAGCUAGGGUUCACUCCAGGUUCUGCUAAACCAAUUGUGAAGGACAGCACAGUAUUGGCUCAGGGUGCCGUUGGAGCCGCGGUUGCAGCUGCUGUGGUAAUUCUGAGCUACUUAUACGAAAUCCGCAAAAAAUCGAAGUAACUUCAGUGACAAGGUCGACUAGUUGUCUUUAUAGCAAUAUUGAGUUCAUUUCUAGCCUGGAAGAUUAUCAUGCCAAUAAGACAACCUAGGCAUCAUACUGAUUCCAUGUAUUAGCUUCAUAAACAAAAACACUCUGCAAGAUUAUCAUCAUACCAUAAAAAUCUAUAUUUAUAUCUUGCUUUAUAUGUUUAA